AUGGCUGUCGAUCGUGUUCAACAUGCUACGCCACUGAUGGUGAUAGUUUAUGCUAUGUCCCUCUGACGUUAAGCCAUUUAGUUAUAGUUUGCUCUGCCCUGGCUAACGCGCUGGUGAGAAAAUCCAAUUUCCUACUUCUUGCUAGCUUCAAAAUCUGAAGAAACAUCAAGAUUAGAAAAAUAAUAGAUUUCCACUUUUAUUCCUUUUCCAGAUUUGACCUCAAUUGAUAAUGCAGAAGAAGGUAAGGCUAUAUGGAUAUUAGAAAAUACCAACCAUAUUACUAGCUUUGAAUAAUAUGCUGUAGCCGAAUGUACAUAUUUCCAUUGUAAUGAUUUAGCCGAGAGUAUUGUAUGCCCAUGCACUUUUAUUCUGAGACUCGUUUUGGUAAUUUGGUAUAUUCUGCCUUUCUUGACUUUGGGUUCCGCUAUCUACAUUUAUUACAAGCCCCCCUUUUCAAGAUGGUAUGAGACCUUUUCCCUUCGAUAGCUUCUAAAAUGCUCUUUCUUUGUCUGAAAGAGUUUUUAAUAUUUUUUUCUAUAUGUGCAGUUGUCUUUCUAAAAUUGCAUGUGUUCAAUUAAAUAAAGCCAUGCCGGACAUUUGACAAUAGUAAAUUCAACAUAUCAAUCGGGACAUAAUUGUUCGUUUUUUUUUAAUUAAGAGCUACAUUCUCCACAAGAGUUUGAUCCUGAAGUUAAAAAAUUUGCUUCAUGUUACUAAGCGAAAAAAGUGUUAGAAGAAUACAUGUAUCUUUAUUGAUUUUUAUUCCAUUUUCAGACGUUGAUAAAUUCCAUUUUUUGCAAUUAGACCAGCGCGAAAAGGCUGCCGUUAAAUUUGUAGCAUUAUAGUUUUGUAUAGUAUAGUAUAGUACUUUUAAUUUUAUUUAACAGGACUGCACUUCACUAUUUACUGGUUUUCUCAAACACUUCCAUAUCGAUCCUGACCUUCUGUUCGUCUCUUGCUCCAAGUACUUCAAGAACCAAAUGUUCGUCGAUGAUAGAAUUUUUUAAAUGCUCGGUUCUAUAGCUUAGGUUGUAUAUAGGUACUGAAGGAUACCACUACGAGCAGUUGUUGUUUUUUGGCGGGAGGUCUAUUUUCCAUAAAUUGGCGAAUGUUCAUGAAAUUAUACCCGAUGUUUAAAAUAUUGUCCUUAUCAUAAAAUUUCCCCCGCUUCGAUCUAAUAUAUUUCCUUCUUUCUUGAUGUUUAAAUACAACUAAUUCUUUUGUAAUUUCUUUCUAAAUUUGUCCAACUUCCUAACGACACAAGCAUCAGCUAGGUUAAAAUGCUAUCGCAUUUAGUACCAGAAAACGGAGAUCAAUCUCUUAAUCAAUCUCGUUCCCAGGGCUUUCGUGUGAGGAUGAGUGGCGAGACGAGAAAGCCCCGGUCUGGGCAGGUCAAUUGACAUUUAACAAAAAUAAAUUCAACAUAUCAAUCGGGACAUAACAAUUCAACUAUAUAUUUUUAUGAUUGUUGUGUACGAGUAUAUUUUUCAAAAUAAUCUUUUGAAGCAAGACGUUUUCCGAGUUUUCCCGACUGCAUGAUUUACUUCCGCCUAUAGGCUGGUAACAAAACUCAAAAGCCGUGUCGAAGCGCGCUGUGAUGUUUCCUGACAAAACAAGAUGAACAUCUACUAUUACACAGUAAAUUUCAGGGAGUUAAUUUAACUCUAGUGGUAUUAUUUUCAACCUAAUUUUACUCCACAUUUGGAGUUAAUUGAGGUACAGUAUAACUCCACCGGAGUUAAAUUAACUCCCCGAAAUUAACAGUGUAAUUAGCGGUAUGUUUUCCUUGACUUUGUACAGCAUUUAUAAUGCAGUGCAGAUAUAUGCAUGAUGAAACACUACGCUCAUUGCAUUGUAGUAAUAUUUUAAUUUACAAUAUUCUAUACUGACAAAUAAAAACAAGACAAACAAUUAAAUGAAACUACUAAUUUAGGCCAUGUUUACCUAAUAGCUCUACGCCUAGGCUAUGCAGUCUGCACAAGAUUCGCUUGUCAUGACACCGACUUUUACGGCAGUUUCAGAAUAUCCCGAAUACUUGAAAAUUGUGAUAUGACAAAAUAAAGCAAAGAUUGUGAAGGAGAUAAAAUUUGAGGCAAGCAUUGCUCAUGCACCACAAGUGUCGGUGUUCAAUCCGUAUAUUUAUAUAUUGUGCAGCGCGAACAGGCAGUUUCAGAAUAUCCCGAAUACUUGAAAAUUGUGACGAUAUGACAAAAUAAAGCAAAGAUUGUGAAGGAGAUAAAUUUGCAGGCAAGCAUUGCUCAUGAACGGCAAGUGUUGGCGUUCAAUCCGUAUAUAUACAUUUAUUGCACAGCGUAAACAGGUUACGCAAGGUUUUAUAUUUGUGAUUAUUUAUAUCGAACUAAGUAUAAGAGCAUAUUUAAACUAAAUAAUAUUAAAGGCAAAGCCACAAUGUUCAAGACGACAGAAAGCAAAUUUCGUGUGAAUCAUCACUUGGAGACACCUAGAUGCACUUGGAAAUCAUGUUGAGAUACAUGCAGUUGUGCCUUUGGCUUCGCCUGUCACUGUGGUUGAAAAUAUCCGGAAAUAUCAGUAUAGCUUAGAAAACAUCGACGGUGUCUUCAGAGAUUUCAGCUGAUUCGUACACAUAAAUAAUAUCGAUUGAGAAGUGUUUUGGCUCUUUAUUUGGUUCGCAAACUUGUAUAUUCAGUUAAGAAAAUCUCACUUUCCACUCCUUGACGAGUAGAUGUCAAAUAUAUCCAUAUUUUGGUUAGUCGCGUGACCUGCCCGAACCAGGGCUUUCUUCUCUCGCCCCCCCCCCCCCCCCCCUCACACGAAAGCCCUGGGAACGAGGGUGUCCUUUGAUAACAAAAAAUCAAAUAGUAGAAAUCUUAAAAGAGAAUUAUUCUCGUACAUUUUUAAGACUUUUUUUUCGUUCAAAAACAAAGACUUUUGUGCACUUCAAAUGCAUUGUCUGUAUUUUUUGCAGCCGACGAUCAAGUCGAAUAUGGAAUAUCGAAAAGAGGCUGGGGGAGAAGUAAGUGACGCCAGAAAUUAAAUAAAUUAAUUUUUUGGUCACUUUCAUCUAGAUAUCUUGAAAUCAUACUAUAUAUCUCAAACUUCGACUGUGGACACUUCUCUGAUACAGGAAACGGACGUAGUAAAUUGAAAUUUCAUUUUUCUCCUGCCAGGGGCUUACGUUUUCAUCAUCGUGUUGAUUUGACAGGCAAACAUCAAUGUUUGUCUGUCAGCACUACAACUUUAAAAAUAUCAAACGUUUCUAAUUUCAUAUAAAAUUUAACCUCAUUAUUUGAGGCACUGAAUGAUGCGGUGAAGAUCGUUCAUGUUUGUUAUAUAUGCCUUACAUGUCCAGCCAUGAUUCCGUGGCUCGCCUGCGUUGCAGACGGUCAACUUGCCGGCGAGGCUAACGAAGGGAAAUAAUGCAGUCUGCCGGAUUUAAUUGCAUGUAGUUUGUAUACCGUUCGGCUAAAGCAUACUACAUUACUUAUUUAAACAAGCAUCGCCAUCAAAUCGAAAUAUCAAUGGUACGGUAGUUCGCAAUAGAACGACGUGUGUUUUUAAGAUAAAACUCAAUCCUAUAUACUGCAGAAACAAGUGCCGUUAAUUUCUACAAUACCGUGAAUAUAGCCACUUACCGUGCGUCUUACAACAUCACAAGUAUAGGCAAAUUGUAACUAGUUUGCCAGUAUAAAAUUGGAUUAGACGACCAAAUUGCAAAGCAAAAUAUGGAGGCGAAAAUCACGAGAAUUCGUAUGUUAUAAUUCGCUUUUUUACGCAAAAUUAAAUCUUAUAAGAACGUAGUCACCUUAUUAUAUACAGAGCGUCGGUUUGCGGUACGUUUUGAAUUUGACUUUGAAAGGACAAUUUCAUUUGGAUCAGUAUAGAUGGCGUGCAUGAAAUAUUUUAUUCGCUUCUCUUAAUCUAGAAUUGCAUGUAGAGCAUCUUUUUUAAUCGAAAUCUUUAAAAUGAAAAAAAUAGACUAAAUUCUAAAGAACGAAUUGCAUGUUCCAUGUUUUAUAAUGAAACAACCCGCAUGACUUGGAAUUGGAAUUUUUCACACCAGCCAACGAUUGUUUUUUCUUGCACAUUUCCAAGCACCAAUGUAUUUUUCUGUUUAUUAUGUUAAGGACAGUCUUUGAAAAGCGAUAAUUUUUACAGAGAAGCGAUAAUUGAAAAGCGAUAUUUUUCACAUGAUUGUGAGAUUUAUUGACCGAGCAUGAGGUCUGUACUGUGAAAUAUCAGACCGACGUUUUUUAGUAUGGACCGAGCGACGAAAGAGCGAGGUCCAUGCAAAAAACAGAGGUCUGAAAUUUCACAGUACAGACCGAACAAGCGAGGUCAAUAAUCGUUUUAUUACAAGGCUGAACUGGGUCUGUGACCAUAUGCUUUUCGCGCGAAUUAAAUCGGCUAUCGUCAGUUUCACUGGGUAACAAUAUACGGUAGGCAUGCAUGCAUGCUCAAUCAAAAACAAUUUUGUUGUUUGAAAUUUUUAUCUGUAAAUUUUAAUGACAAACAAUCGGAAAAUUAAAAAGCAAAAAUUUUUUCUGUUUACAAAGCAAAAAGAUAAAGAUAAACGACAUCCGGGACACCGGUCCAGAUACGGAAAAUACGGACCACGGUUCGGAUAUGGGUUUUUCCGGGCAGCUUGUCAACCAAUCAAAAAAGAUAAUUUUGAAAACCCAUAUAAUAAUACUUGCAUAUGCAGUAUAUGCCCUUGUAAAAAUCUGGGUCAAAUCUAGAAAAAAGGAAAAACAUUACUCAAAAUCUUAAUACCAAUUUUUAUACAAAAACCUUCAAAACAAGGUACCAAUUCUUUGAAUUAAAAAAUUGUGAAACAAACUAAUUACUCACGAAAUUAUUUGCUCUCCAGUUUGCCUACUUGCAAAUUUCUCCUGCGACAUUUGAUUGGAUACUAAAUAUAAACUUUGCUGUUGGUGGAAAGCGAUCGGAUUAUAAGAUUUGCUAUAUUUCUAAAAUAGAGCCUGAUCUCACAUAUUUGUAGCCUUUGGUUAUAUCAAUAGAACGUCGUGACGUAUUUCAUAUCUCUCUCAAUAUUUAAAUCAUUCUAAAAGUAAACGAGCAGGGGAGACACCCGACUGUAAAAUAACACAAUCAAAGACAUGUCAAACUAGUAGGUUAAGAUCGAGACACUUUUCAUAAAUACUACCGUACUAUAUGCUACAUUGCAAUUUACGGCUACAAUCCUGGUCAAAAAUAUUGGCGCACUUGACACUGACUGUACGAAAUUUGACUCCCACAUCAAUAACAAGCAUAGCAACCCCCUUUUCCCCCGUUCAAUGUUCUGUGUAGUGUGUUAUAUGUCCAAGGUGUUACACAACAUUGAUAAGGGCGAUAAGGGAUGUUUGGACAUGAAAUUUUGCAUAAAAUGGGCAAGUAUGUAUAUGGUAAUCAGAAAUGAAGUAAAGGUUAUGCUAUUUCGACUAAGUGCGCUAAGGAUUUUUGACCAGGAUUGUAGGAACAUUUAGGAACAUACACUCGAUUUUUUUAUAUUGUAUUACAAGAGUACAUACACACAUACAUGCAUAAUACUUUAUUUUGACACCGUAGCCUCUUCAACAUCAGCUGUUUUUCAUGAGGGGCGUGUUAACUAACUAAUUACACAAAUAAUAUAUACAAAUUAAAGUUACAUGAAGCAUACAAAGACUAACAGGUAGACAAAAAUAUAUAAACGAAACAAAUAAAUAUUAUUGAGGACAGGUCAGCCUCACCUCGCCGUAGAUUUUAUAAUUCUCUUGAAUAAAUAAACGGAAUCAGCGUUUUUUGCUUCAAUAGACAGAUUAUUCCAAUGGAUAGCUCCAUUAUAUUUAAAACUUAUUUUAAGAAAUUAUUUCUUUGGUUUUGGUAAUACUAGAUCAGUUUCACGAUUCUUAAGAUCAUAAGGGGAAUCGCCUUCACUGCAUUGUCGAAAUAGUUGUUUUAAAUUUGGGGCGGCAUGAUCUUUAAUUAUUUUAUACAUCUAAAUAGAUUUUGUAUUGUUGCGUCUCUGGUCUAAGGAUUCCCAACCUAACAUAUUCAGCACAUCAGCAGAUCGAAUAUCAAAAGUAGAUCCCGUUAUAACUCUCGCAGCGAGAUUCUGCAAUCUUUGAAGCUUUUCUCUAAGACCACUUCUACAAUUGUCCCAAAAGAGUGCUACAAUAUUCAAAGUACGUACGGUUGCACCAGGGCAUUAUAUAUCAGCUUAAGUGUUUCUACUGGUACAAAAGGCUUCAUUCUUCUCAUAAUUCCAAUUGCAGCGUCAAUUUUCGCGCAAAUAUUAUCUAUAUGUUUUUCCCAAGUAAGCCUUUCAUCCAGGUCAGCACCCAGGCAUGUGUAGUUUUCCGUCCUGGGGAAUGGUAAGUUAUUAAUUAAAAUUGGCUUCUGAGCAAUUUUGUUUUUAACUCUUUCUCAGCGCGUGGUUUCGCAUUACAUUACGAUUCAAUUUUUCUAAUGUAAAUAUCUCGGCGAGUAUUUACCCCCCCCCCCCUUUAAAAUAAAACCCACCAUUGAAAUCCUCAUAAAAUAACCUUUCGAACGGGGGUCAAGUGCUGUCAAAACAUUACAGAAACCGAAACAAUCAUAUAUUUAUACUUCACCGCUUCGCCAAACAUUAAAACGGGAAAAGAGAAAAAGGUGAAUAUUUUCUAAACCUUUCGUCAUUUUCUGAAAGGCUAUGUGAGUAAAAUACUCUUUGUAUUCAAGCGCAUUCGUGUAGAAAGUUUCGUAUGAAUACGGCGAGUAGAAAUAUUUAUUUUGAAUUUUCCAAAGUAUCGGCUUUUAUUCGCACGCGCGUGUAUUACGCAAUACUUGGCCAAUAAGGAGCUCCUUUAGCCUGGAUGACGUCAAACUCACGCGUAUAGGUGCACUUUGACCUGUAGAAUCCAUUUCUGGCAUUUCCAGAGACACGCGAUACAAACGUGGCAUUGUUUUGACGAUAUUUAGUCGUAUUUCCGGUUGGGAUUAGCGCAAAUUCAGGCCAGAAAUGUAAAAUUCGGCACUAAAAGUCACACUUUAAAGAUAGAAGCUUGAAAAUAACACUAUACAUGGUAUUUUCAAUGCUUAAUUCAUCAAGAAUAUCAAAAUGAGCAUACGUCUCAAGGGGCCGAAGUUAUGUUCGGCGAAAGGUAUGUUUAUGUUUUUAUAAUUUGUUGGUAAUAAUGCGUAAUUUGAUCAUAUACGAUCUCGCUUUACUUUCAAAGCUCAUAAAUCGCUAUAAUGUUGCCAUUGACUAAAACUAUCGUUACGAAUGAAGAGAUUUCGUUACACUGAAUCGAAUGGUGGUAUUUUUGUCCACAUAGCAUUCAACAAACCGAAGAUAUGACAUGUCAAAGUCGUAUUGCAUGAGUGCAUUACGAUAAUAGGGUCGCGCUGAGAAAGAGUUUUUAAUAUUAAAAGACGAUCCAAUAUACAUAUGUUUUGUCAUUGUGAAUGAAUUUGAAGCUUAUUUUGUAACACUCUAUUUACGAACAUUUUCAAGAUCAGAGUUUAUACUCCGUGGUUUUAGUGAUGAUAGACAUGGUAUUCCACUCAUUUUUUGUUUUGCACCCCCUCCCACAAAUGUUAAUUCGUCUCAUACCCCCAAAGGUUAGAUAAUUUGUUUCAUACCCACAACUCCACCACCUAGUACACAUACUUUAUGACCGGUCUCUAACUUGCAAAAUUGUUGUGUUUGAGUAUUAUUGCCCCGAUUACCUUAAUUUCUGCAUACCAAAUACACUAUUCACUCCCAGUUUUUAAGUCAGUGAUCUGACGAGUUUCAUUUAUUAGGACGCCGCCGGGGACGCCAAGGAUCACCAGGAUUUCCUGGACCACAAGGACCGAGAGGGUACAAAGGAGACAGAGGGUAUCCCGGAUCUCGUGGUCCACGCGGACGACGUGGACCUCAAGGACCACCAGGACCAAAAGGGUCCAAAGGAGACAGAGGGUAUCCCGGAUUAACUGGUAUACCUGGACGUCCAGGUAAAAACUUUGGAAAUGUUUAUGCUGAAACGGCCGACUGUUGACUAAAACGUUCGGUUUUUUAUUGUUUUAUUUAUACAUGGGGAAGCGGCUGGCCCGCUUGACAAAAUUUUGACUCAGCUUUCCGGAACAUGGUCGUCGGGAUAAAGACAUCAAAAGAUUUGGGGAAUUUUUCAUGUAAUUUGACGAUUCUUUCAUAGCGUUGUGCUUAUUUUGUGCGGAAAGGCAUCAAAUACGGUGCUAGGGUAAUGCAUAUCGAGCUAUGCAUUUAUAUUGUCUACUUUAAUUAAGUGACCCAGAGUGUAUAGCGAAAUUAUGUUGAUAGUUUGUCGUUGUUGAAACGUUUCUAUUAUGAUAUUGCCAUGGCGACUGUCAGUUUUGGCAGCUGUAAUUAAUUAUAAAUACUUGUUUCUAAGUUGAAACAGCACUUGGGAAUUGUAGGGUCUAUUAUUUGCUUGUCAAAAGGAGGGAAGGUUCGUUGCAUGCAUUUAAUGCUAAUAUUCGAUAAGAAUAAUAGUGUUAAACUAAAAAGGCGCAAUAACAAUUUGAAUUGCAGCCUGCGUGUUUGGGCACUCGUUGGAACAAUAAGGACGAACUAAGAAUAAGGGCCAAAAGCUGGAUUUUCUGCAGUGGAAAAGAAGUCAUGCUAUGCAAAUUUUUAAUGAUUCACCUUAUUCAAAUCAUUAAAAAUAUGAUUGUCUUCAACCUAUUUAGAUGCAGAUUUAUUAGCAUAGCCUAACCAUGCAGUUGCCAUGGCCAGCUUCGCAACUGCCUUUCUGCUCCAACUAGGGCCCACCACACAGACUAUGUGAGUUAAUAACAUUGAACGAUAAAUAAACUGGAAGGCUAACUGCUAUGAUGAAGGCCUAUGAUUUGAUGAAGCCAGGAUAGUUUUUCUGAGUUAUGAGCAGAAAUACUUGACCCCAAACGUUGGGCUGUAUAUAUCAAAUUGAAGCUAUUGAAAAUUGCUAUUCGGUGUGGAAAUUUCAAAACUUCAGCGGAAAGAAAAAUAUUUAAAAAAUACAAAAACAACUGCAAAAUGACAAAUUAUCGGUAAUUUUGUUUGUAGUUUUCCAAUAUUUCCCUUUAGCUAACGUUUUGAAAUUUCUACACCAAAUAGCGUUUUUCAAUAGCUUCAAUUUGAUAUAUAGCCCAACGUUCAGUGUUGAGUAUUUCUGCUCAUAACUCAGAAAAACUAAAAUGCACUGGCUUCAAUUCCCCCCCCCUGAGUUAGCCUUCCAGUUUAUUUAUAGUUCAAUGGUUAAUAAUCGUCGUGCAAGAUGCUCACAGCUAUUUUGCUAAAAAACAUCCAUUAAGUGAUAUUUAUAAGCGAUAAUCUUGGAAAAUUUUUAUUAGAUGUAAAUUGUGUUAAUUAUUCUCGACCUCACAAUUGUUUUAUCACAUUACUUGCAGGCAAACCAGGAGUUUCUUCCAAACCAAAUUGUCAAGUUGUUACUG